AUGUCUCCGCCUUUUCCUUUACCCGGUGUUCGAGCGGAGGAUCGAUCGUCUCAGCGACAGGAGGAACACAAAGGAGAGCAAUUACAUCCCGGGAAAAAGAGAAAUUUGGACGCACUUUUGAUGAUGCAGAAGAGGAAGAAGAAGAGGCUCGUUGAACGCGUCGGAGAAGAAGAGUGCUUGAGUUUUAACGACGACGAGGAGGUUUUGAACGACGGGGUUGUCGUCGAACGAAGCGACGAUAACGCAAAGUUCGAGAAGGAAGAGGAGAGAAGACGAAGAAGAGAAAGAAGCGAGAAAAAAUCGCUCGUUUUGAAACGUUGGGCGAAACUCGCGGAAGAUUUGGUUUUGUUGCGACGACGACGAAGCGGAAGGAGAAGCGAAGAUAACGAAGAAGAAAAGGACGAAGAGAAGAUGAAUGGUACAGGCGAGGCAAGGUUUGAGCGGCUGAUGCGGGUGGCGUACGCGUACCGAUGUUCGGUGAAGCAGAAAAAUGAGAGACGCCGUCGACGCGGUUGCGGCGGGUACGGUGUGAGCGAACGCGGACUCCUCGCGCAAAGACGGGCGAUGCAUAACACGGUUUUGCACGGGAUUGCAGAGCGAUCGAUACAUCUCGCAGAUAGCGCCGGAGCGGAGGACGACACGGAGGAAGAAAAUGGUCGGAUGUUUAACGCGGCGCUGGCGAGACAGUUCCAAGAGUUUAUGCAGGUGCGAGGCGUCGUACCGACGAUUGAGUUACCGGAAGGUGACGAAGCGGUGCAAGAAAAGAUUACGUUAGCCAAAGAGUAUGCAAGACGGGAAGGCGCGACGAUGCGUGCGACGAGUCGAAUGUGGUUGCCGAGAGAUCAGACUGCGCAGUGGACGGGGAGCGUAGAGAAUGUAUUUUCGUGCGUAGAAUUUGAUAGAUUUAGCGGAGGGAGGUUUUUGGCGUGCGGAGGGGGAGGUGGGACCGUUUCGGUUCAUCGAACCUCAGAUAUGAACCAGAAAACGUCAGAUGGAGACGGGAGUUCGUUGCUGUCGAGCAUAUACGCGCCGGUGUAUAAGAAGUUUGUGGCAGAUCCCGUGGAUGGCAUUUCAUGGGUGAAAGAAGGGGUGUUAGCGACAGUAUCGAAGAGGAGCGAUAGGAUUACAUUUCACGACGUUGAAAGAGGAUUGAUGGGUACAAGUGCUCCUACUGCACCAACUGGAUCUUCUGCUGCGGCGUUAGCCGUAACAUCAACGGCGACAACAACAACAACAACAGUAAGUAGUCGAGCGAUGCCAACAUUAACGCAGUCUCCUUCUCCUCGAUUCCUCGCGUAUUCGCAAGGUUUAGUCGUCAGUCCUGUGUACAACGUUACACAUCCGUCCGACAUAAGAGAUACGCUUGGUAUCACCUCUAUUGCUUCGUGCGACGAUGGGAACCGUCUUUUUGCCGCCACUGGUGUUGGGAGCGUCUUCACGUUUGAUCUUAGGCAGCGCGUCGAUCACACGAGACCGGUUGCCAUUUUCAGCGCUCCUACUACGGGUAAUCUGAAUUGCGUGAAUGUCACGAAAGACGGUCAACUCGUCUGCGCGGCAUCUUCUUCGGGCAGGGUUGUUUUAUGGGACGCUAGGAAAGCAGUCUCUACGCAUGCGACGGACCAUCGCGGAUUUACCGGGAUAAAACCGGACAAAGAGAUGUGUUCGUGGAGCGUGUCCAACAUGUUUUCAAAAAUCCACGGCAGAUCCUUCGCGAGUAAAUCGGAAGUGUAUUGGGUAGACUUCGAUCCGAAAGAUUAUUCGCGCGUAGCCUUUCACUGUUCCAAUGGACGCACCGGCGUAAUCGAUAUGAAACAAAACAAUCACGCGACGUCGUCUCUCGGGGUUAUCACGCACGCGCACUGUCCACCCAACCCGUGGACGUCAACGGCUCCAACGCGCAUCACGCGAGACGAAGCCGAGCGUUUCAUUGGCGCCGAAGGUGCGUGGGCAUAUCUUAACGGCGACAGUGCGGGAAUGGCGACGCAAACCGAAACCGAAGGUGCCAUCAGCUCGCAAAUCGCCAAAUGGAAUGGCCGAGACAAACGCACGUGUUCGUGGUCCACGGACGGGCAAAAGUUAAUCGUUCCGAACGUGAACGAUUCAGGUAUACUCAUCCUAGACGUCAUGGCGAAUAACCCGAAGUCGUAUCAAUGGAUUGAUGAUGGAACGGUGACGCGGGAGUCGACGACGGUGAAACUGUGGAAUGAGAACGAUGAUGACGCUCACAUCGACGAAGAAGAAGGAGCGAACGAGGAGCGGGAGGACGAAGAGGACGAGUACUACCCCGGCUACGGUCACAAACCAAUCGCCCCAUCUUUGUCUGAUCAAGAAACCAUAUUAUCUGCCGUCGCCGUGCAUCCAACGUGUGACUUUGAGUACUGCGCCGGCGGUCCGAAUACGCUGAGCUACUUUCGUUUUGCCACGCGUAGUUUUUGA